AUGAAUAGUAGACUUGUCGACAUAGGCAUACACGUGGUUGUAGUUGUUGAUGGAAGUGGUGAAAGCGAUGGUUACAACAACAGUGAGAGCUGUAGUAAUGGCAACAACAACAGUAAUAGCUGUAGUAAUAUCAACAACAACAGUAAUAGCUGUAGUAAUGGCAACAACCACAAACACUGUAGUAAUGUCAACACAAAUAACUGUAGUAAUGGCAACAUGAACAGUAAUAGCUGUAGUAAUGGCAACAACACAGUAUUAACUGUAGUAACCGGCGGUAAUAGCUGUAGUAAUGGCAACAACAACAGUAAUAACUGUAGUAAUGGCAACAUGAACAAUAAUAGCUGUAGUAAUGGCAACAAGAACAUCAACAACAGUGAUAGCUGUAUUAAUAUCAACAACCGUAAUAGCUGUAGUAAUCGCAACAACGGUAAUAGCUGUAGUAAUGUCAACAACAGCAGUAAUAACUGUAGUAAUGGCAACAGCAACAGUCAUAGCUGUAGUAAUGGCAACAGCAACAGUCAUAGCUGUAGUAAUGGCAACAACAGCAGUAAUAGAUGUAGUAAUGACAACAAGAAUAGCUGUAGUAAUGGCAACAACGGCGGUAAUAGCUGUAGUAAUGGCAACAGCAAUAGCUGUAGUAAUGGCAACCAUAAUAGUGAUAGCUGUAGUAAAGGCGACAGCAGCAGUAUUAGCUGUAGUAAUGGCAAUAGCUGUAGUAAUGGCAACCAUAAUAGUGAUAGCUGUAGUAAAGGCGACAGCAGCAGUAUUAGCUGUAGUUAUGGCAACAGCAAUAGCUGUAGUAAUGGCAACCAUAAUAGUGAUAGCUGUAUCGCAGAACGCGAGUUGGGAAAUAUGAUGGAUUCAAAGUUUAUUAUCUUCGUCCAGGACAAGACUCAGUAA